UCAGGAUUUGUCAUUGCACUUCCUCCUCACGCUUCUGUGCGCUGCGUGAGUGCUGAGCGGGUGUAAUUCACAUUAGCAGCUUUGGACCGAAGGACAGCGGUGUUUUUUUUUGUUUCAUCAUGGGACUCACCAGCGAUCCGAACUACCGCAAACUGGAGCAAUGGUACAAAUCCAGCGCCGGGAACCUCAACAUGAGGCAGAUGUUCGGCGCCGAUCCAGACAGAUUCAACAAGUUCAGUUUACAGAUGACGACAGAUGAUGGAGACAUUCUGCUGGAUUACUCUAAGAAUCUCAUCAAUGAAGAAGUCAUGCGCAUGCUCUUCGACAUGGCGCGAUCGGUGGGCGUUGAAGCUGCCAGAGAGAAGAUGUUUGCAGGGGAAAAGAUCAACUUCACUGAGGGUCGUGCUGUUCUCCACACCGCCCUGAGGAACCGCUCUAACACUCCUAUCAUGGUGGACGGUAAAGACGUAAUGCCGGACGUGAACGGAGUCCUGGAGCAGAUGAAGGGCUUUUGCCAUAAAGUGCGCAGUGGCGAGUGGAAAGGCUUCAGUGGUAAAGCCAUCACUGACGUCGUGAACGUUGGCAUUGGUGGUUCUGACUUGGUGAGUUUAACGUUCACCACCCAAGAGACCAUCACCAACGCUGAGACGGCCAAAGAAUGGUUCCUCCAGGCCGCUAAAGAUACAUCUGCUGUGGCCAAACAUUUUGUGGCUCUUUCCACAAAUGCACCAAAAGUCAAGGACUUUGGUAUCGACACCAACAACAUGUUUGAGUUUUGGGAUUGGGUCGGCGGGCGCUACUCGCUGUGGUCGGCUAUCGGUUUGUCCAUUGCACUGCACAUAGGUUUUGACAAUUUCGAGCAGCUUCUAGCUGGUGCUCACUGGAUGGAUAACCACUUCCGCUCGGCUCCUCUGGAGCAGAACGCCCCGGUCAUACUGGCCCUGCUCGGCGUCUGGUACGUCAACUUCUUCCAGGCCGAGACACAUGCCCUGCUGCCCUACGACCAGUACAUGCACCGCUUCGCUGCGUACUUCCAGCAGGGAGACAUGGAGUCCAACGGGAAGUACAUCACCAAGUCUGGCACUCGUGUGAAUUACCACACUGGACCCAUCGUGUGGGGGGAACCAGGAACCAACGGACAGCAUGCCUUCUACCAGCUCAUUCACCAGGGCACUCGCUUGAUUCCGGCUGACUUCCUCAUUCCUGCUCAGAGUCAGCAUCCUAUCAGAGAUAAUCUGCAUCAUAAGAUCCUGAUGGCAAACUUCCUGGCGCAGACGGAGGCUCUGAUGAGGGGAAAGACCCCUGAAGAGGCCAAGAAGGAGCUCCAGGGUUCUGGGUUGUCUGGAGAUGCACUGGAGAAACUCUUGCCCCAUAAAGUUUUUGAAGGAAAUAAGCCAAGCAACUCGAUCAUUUUCAAGAAACUUACACCAUUCAUGCUUGGUGCAUUUGUUGCCAUGUAUGAACACAAGAUCUUUGUGCAAGGUGUGAUGUGGGAUAUCAACAGCUAUGACCAAUGGGGUGUGGAGCUCGGCAAGCAACUGGCCAAGAAGAUCGAACCCGAGCUGCAGGACGACGCAGAGGUUCAUUCCCACGACUCCUCCACCAAUGGACUCAUCAGCUUCUUCAAGAAGAACCGCUCUUAAAUGUUUCCUAACUCCUCCCCUUUAACCCUACCUCUGCUGACCCCCUCAUCCAAUGAGAUUAGUGAAUUAUGUAUUAACGCUUGGCAUAGUUCAUAUAAUAAGCCUAGACAAGGAGGACAAGCACUUUAUGUCUGUCAUCAUGUAUAAGCCAUGAGAUUCUUGUGUGUGUUGUGUAAGAUUUGACUGUAUUCGUGUAUCUGUGGACCAGUAUGGGACGACUAUCUGUUUGCACUGCACAUUCUAGAUGGAUUUCAUGUUCUCCUUUGGGCCAAGGAACCACAAUAAAUGUAUUCUUUGUCACCUU